ACAUAGCUAACAAACCACCAAACAGCCAACCAAAAAUCAUUCUCCAAUCUAAACCAAUACACAUUCUUUAGCCAAAAUCAGUGAACCAAUAAUCAAUAAUGGCUAUUUUGAUGAAGUUAGCUUGUGCAACUUUGAUGUGCAUGUUGGUGGUUGCACCACAUGCUGAGGCUGCUGUAACCUGUGGUCAGGUGACGAGCAGCCUCCUCCCAUGCUUGGGCUACCUUCAGGGAGGCGCUAGUCCGUCUCCGGCGUGCUGUGGCGGGAUUAAGUCCCUCAAUAGCAUGGCUUCCACCCCUGCUGACAGGAAAACUGCUUGCGGAUGCCUGAAAUCUGCUGCUGCAUCUGUUAAGGGUAUUGACAUGUCUGCUGCAAGUGGACUCCCUGGUAAAUGUGGUGUCAGCAUUCCUUAUCCCAUUAGCACCUCUACUGAUUGCUCCAAGGUGAACUAGACGGAUAAUCAAGUUCCAUGGAAGCACAAGAAAUUAGAUCUCAGUCUAUAUAGUAGUGUGUAUGCUGUAUAAUAAGAAAAAGAGUCCUUAUGAUGAGACUCCACCACGUACGACUAGAUUGUGUACUUGCUAUUUGCGUCUUUGUAAGUUAUAUACUAUAGUUGUUACAUGCUACGUUGUUUCUACUAAUCUACUAUGUUGAAUAUCCAA